AUGAAUACGGCGGAGGACUUGGAAGCGGCGCCGAUCUCCUUCAUGGUGUCGAAGUACUGGGUGACCAAGACCAUGUCCAUCACGUCCUUGGCCGUCGUCCCCGGCACAUUGACAGAGAAUCCGAGGACGCUGUCUCUAAGCCCGUCGACGAUCGCCUGGCGCUGGCGAGCGAUUCCAAGUCCGGCUAGGUACUUGGACUCGGCCUCCCCCUCCGCCCGUUUAAUCUGUAGGAUCUUCUCCGCCUCUGCCUUCUCGCUUGCAGCCAUCCUGAGCCUAAGAGCUGAGCGAGGAAGAGGAGAGGGGGAGUUUGAAAAUAAAGUAUUUAUAACGUUUCUCAUUAGAUUAAUGUUCAAUGUUUGCCGAUGAAAACGUUUCGAUUCCGAUUUUCAUCAAUCGAUAAGGUAAUGCUGGAUAAAUAA